AGAGAAAAAGAGAUUGACUGGGUUCUAUUCAAGAGAUAUGAGCUAUAAACUAAAAAACUAGACUGGGAAAAGCACUAGGAAAGCGAGUGAAAGAACAUAUUACCAAACCUCAAAAGCUAAUAGGGGGGACAUCUUUUAACAGUAAAUAAGGAACCAAUUGCACUAGCAGAAGUGCAUGAGAUAGCAACUCCAAAAGCAUAAGCUCCAAGUCCUUCUCCCCAAAUGAUUCUCUGCAAUCAUGGCCUCGGCAUAAGGUUUCAAAAGCUGGAGGCAGAAGCAACAAGUGCCCACUGAAGGAUUCCUCCAUCUUCAUUCACUUCUGCAACUUGCAAUCAGAACCUGCUGUAAAGGGCAGACCAUAAUCGAGAAAGUACGAUGGAUUCCGCUGGCCGUCGGAAUUUUCGGGCAGGCGGGAGUAGUGGCUCCAGCAGAGGGUUAAGUGAUAAUGAAGGUUUAGCACCGCAGUUUGAGAUGUUGAAGACAUUAGUGCCUAAUUUGGAUGAGACGGAGACAGAUGAAAGAACAAUCCUUGAAAAGACUGAGGAGUAUGUAAGGAGAAUCAACGAGGAAACCCAGAAGACAAUGGAAAAUAUUGCCCAAAAUGUCGACGGUAACUCCCCGCCCUGCAUAUUCAGUGUGGAGACUGAGAAGAUGGAGGAAAGGAGCUUCGUGGUCAAAGUGGGCUGGAGAGGGAAGCAGAUGGCUGGGAAGGUCCAAGCCAUGCUGGAGUCAUGUGGGUUCGACAUCACCCAAACCAACAUUGCCAAGGGGAGGUCGUCUCAUAUGUGCACCACUGCCUUUGUUAAAGUUGAGCAGGUUGGGAUGACAGAAGAUCAAGUGUAUGAUGUGGUAUAUGGGGCAGCUGAAAGGUUUGGCUUGUUACCCUGACAUGACAGUGCCCACCCAAGAGAAGAUGAAGAAUAUCAUGCAAUUUAGGUUACAUUACUAGUUGCCACUAUGGAAGUUGAUGUCACUGACUUGUUGCAAAAGGAAUAAUUACAUAACUGGAAACUGAAUGAACCCUUCAAUUUUAACAUAAUCAACCUAAUGGCGGACCUAAAAAUGUGCGUGUGUAUGCAUGCACUUGCCUAUCAGAUCUAUCUAUGUGAUUCUGGUUGCUAAGGGAAAAUAUGUGUAUGUGUGUGUAGGGGCGGAGCCAAGGGGCGCUUGCAGGUGCCCUGCCCACCCCCCCCCUCAAAAAAUUACGUGUAAGUUUAGAAAAUUUUACUUGUUCUAUAUAAAAAUUUUGAAAAAUAAUAUUUUGGCCCCUGUCAAAAUUAACUUUAAUUUAGCAUCCUCAUCAAAAAUUUUUAGCUCCGUCUAUAUAUAUAUAGAAAGAGAAAAAGAGAUCUAUAUAUAAUUUCACAUGAAUUGGUUGUUAUUAGUAUUGUUAGGAUGCUGUUUAAAUUACUUGGCCGUAAAACAUUAGUUAUGUAUCCAUGUAAGCUUUUGGGCUUAUAAGAAAACAUCAAUUAUUAACGUAAGAUUUUAAAAGUCCAGAAAUUAAUUUUUACUGUUGCCAAACAUGUAUGUGUUAAACAUGAUCAAGAAUUGAUAGAUGAAUUAUUUAUUGUGUUUUUUAACCAAAAUAGUGUUUUCCUAACCCACAAAAAUGUUGGGUUUCGGCAAUUGCUUGUUAGAUCCCAAAAAAAAAAAAAAACAAGCUUGCACGUGUGUUGGAUAAAAGGAAAUAGUUUUUUUUUUUAAUUUAAGAAUAACAAAUAAUCUUUCAUAAUGCAAGGAUCUAACAAACAGAACCUCAAAGUUAGCCUCACUAAAGCCUAGAACUCAUAGGAACGUCAAUCCAUCCAAUUUGAAUCAGAUAUUCAAUCGAAUCGAUUCAUCUUGAAAAAAUUGAUUAUAGAAAAAAAAUUAUAUCUGACUUAGAAAUCAUAUCGAAUUUAAAAUAUCAGAUCGAAUUCAGACGAAUUUGAAAAUAAAUUCGAAUCAGAUUUGAAUUGUGAAAUGAGAUUUUGAAUUUGGAUUUAGAUAUAUUAAAAUUCGAAUCUAAAUGUGUAAAUAUCCGAAAAAUAGAUAUAGGUAAAGGUAACAUUUGAAUAUUAAGAUUGUUCCCUCACGCACGGUUGAAAAAAUUCUGUUUGCUGGACCUUUUUAUCCGUGGAUCUACGGACCUAUCGAGGUGGGACUUUUGCCCGUAGAUCCGACUUUUAUGCGCGAGGAAUUUUCUGGCCGCCAGGUGAAGCCGCUUCUUUCACUGGUCUCGUCCCCUUCUUCCUCCUCAGCGGCGGCAAGUGUUCGUCCGCAACAGUGACGCAGUCACGCAGGGCUCUUUCUCCAUGGUGGUCUCCACAGGGAUGUGCCCCCUUUCACUGUUGCCCGCCAGCAAGCAUCCCAACAUGAUUUGGCCCUUCAGGUGUGGGGAGAGAGAGAACGAGAGAAAGAAAUUAAUUGGUUUUGCUCAGUGAACUUCCAAUUUUCAUGUGAUCAGGUGAAAAGUGUUCUUCAAAGAAACAAUGCUGAGGUUUCGGCCAUUCAGGAGGACAAUCACUUCUGUACCUGCUCUUUGGCGCCACUCUCCAUUUUCAGAUAAUGACAUUGUUCAAAUGUUCCGGGUACCAAGCCUCAAAAUUGGGCCCCCCGAAAAGCCAAUGGGUCAAAAACCUGCAAAUGGUGAAAUUUCUGCUCACUCAUUAGAUGAACGGUUCAUCCGGAUUCUCAAAAUAUUCAAAUGGGGUCCUGAUUCAGAAAGAGCGUUGAAGGUUUUGAUGCUAAAGGUGGACCACAGGCUCAUUCGUGAGGUGAUGAAAACUGAUGUACAGAUUGGUGUGAAGAUUCAAUUUUUCAAGUGGGCUAGUAAAAGCAAAAAUUUCGAGCAUGAGACAACAACCUACAUGGCUCUCAUCCAUAGUUUAGAAGAAGCAGGAUUGGUUGGAGAAUUAUGGAAGUUCACACAAGAGAUGGUGAGGAGUGGUUGUAUGAUUACUUCAUCAGAUGUAUCAAAGAUAAUUAGGAUCCUUGGGAAGGCAAAGAUGCUGGAGAAGGCAUGUGCAAUAUUCUAUCAGAUAAAAUCUCGAGGAUUCAAACCAAGCAUUUCCACUUACAAUACAUUGAUUCUAGUGCUGAUGCAAGAGUAUCAUUAUGAGAAGGUCCAUGAGCUCUACAAUGAAAUGUGCAAUGAGGAUAACUGCCUUCCUGAUACUGUAACCUAUAGCUUGCUUAUUGGUGCUUUCAGCAAACUGGGUCGUGAAGAUUCUGCUGUUCGACUGUUUGAAGAAAUGAAAGAGUACGAGUUGCAACCGAAUGCAAAGAUAUAUACCACCCUGAUUGGUUUGUUUUUCAAAUCAAAUAAAGUGGACAAAGCAUUGGAUAUAUUUCAAGAAAUGAAGGCCAAACAUUGUACUCCAAGUGUUUAUACAUAUACUGAGUUAAUUAAGGGGUUGGGCAGAGCAGGAAAAGUUGACGAUGCUUAUCAACUCUUUCUCACUAUGCAAGAUGUGGGAUGCAAGCCAGAUAUUGUAUUCAUGAAUAAUCUAAUCAAUAUUCUAGGUGAGGCAGGUCGAUAUGGCGAUGUUCAUAGUGUAUUUUGUCAAAUGGAAGCCUUAGGAUGCAUGCCCAAUGUGGUCUCCUAUAAUAGUGUCAUAAAGGCUGUUUUUAGGUCAAAAUCUCCUGUAUUUCAAGCCACUUGCUGGUUUGAGAAAAUGAAAGAGAAGGGCAUCACCCCAAGUGCCUUUACCUAUUCAAUUCUUAUUGAUGGGUUUUCCAAAGCCAAUCGACUAGAAAAAGCAUUACUAUUACUCGAGGAAAUGGAUGAGAAGGGUUUCCCGCCUUGCCCUGCUGCUUAUUGUAGUGUAAUUGAUGCUCUUGGAAAAGCAAAGCGUUAUGAUGUUGCAAAAGAACUGUUUCAGGAGUUAAUAGAGAACUGUGGGACUUCCAGCUCAAGGGUUUAUGCAGUAAUGAUCAAACACCUUGGAAAAUCUGGGGACAUUGAUGGUGCCAUGAGCCUUUUUGAAGAAAUGGGAAGACUUGGAUGUGUUCCAGAUGUCUUCUCCUACAAUGCUCUUAUGUCUGGGAUGGUGAGGGUGGGUAUGAUUGAUGAAGCCUGCUCUUUGCUUCGAGAGAUGCAAGAGAAAGGAUGUAAUCCAGAUCUUAACUCUUACAAUAUUGUACUCAAUGGAUUGGCGAGAACAGGUGGGCCAGGUCAGGCAGUGGACAUGCUAUCAAGAAUGAAAGAUUCUAGUAUUAAACCGGAUGCUGUUUCAUAUAAUACCGUUCUUGGGUCUCUUAGUCGGGCUGGCAUGUUUGAGGAAGCUGCUAGGUUAAUGAAGGAGAUGAAAUCAAAAGGAUUUGAGUAUGAUCUCAUUACCUAUUCUUCAAUACUUGAGGCUGUAGGAAAGAUUGAUGAAGACUAAUGUCUUAUUCAACUUGACAAAUGAUUUUGGUAGGUGCUGUUGGAGUUGGUGAGGUUCUGUCUUCCUCACACAAUUGAAUGUUGGGCCUAUUCCGACGAGUGUGCUAGGCCUAAACCAAAAAGAAUGCACGUCAAUAAUUGGGGAGUGCAUGAAGGAAGUUUUGACCACGUGGUACUUCUUGAGGGAUCUUGUUGGUGGUUGUUCGCUGGUUAUGCUUGACAAGAAUUAUCAGCACUAGCAUUUGUGAGCAGUUCUUUAGAGUCAGUUGAUUAUAUAAUUAAUGUUCCAUAAGAGAUGGAAAAGGUGAUGGCAAAGGGGAAAAAUUCAUUUGGUGGGAUUGUGCAGGCCAAUUUGUAGAUAAUGAUUAUGAUGAUAAUGUUAAAGCAGCACUGUUGAUGAGACGUCUUCCAAGAAUGAUUCCGUCUUGCUUACAAGGCAUGCCAUUACUGUAGUCCAAAGAUCGAUAUAAUUUGUAAGAUUCGGCUUCUGAAUAAUUCCAGGCUUGUUGCCAUUGUUAUUUGGGGAAAUUCUUUGUAACAGACAAGCAUAAAGCUGUAUUAACUAUUUGUUCAAGUCAGUUAAGCCUUUUUGUGCAGCUAUGAUCGUUCUCA